AGCACGCCAGGGAGUGGAGCUGCCCGGCUCCUGCCUGCUUCCUGCCAGCACGGGGAGAGGGAAACAUAAACAGCAGCAUCUUGGACAGAGUUUGGGUGCUGCUGCUGGACACACUGCACCAGGGAGCAGAGGCAGCACUCGCGGCUGAAAGUUGAAGAUGGCAGAGCCUGAAAGCACCAUCAUAAACACCGAUGUGAAACAGAAAGACCCCAGUGAGGCACUGGUCAUUGCGGUGACCACCAGAGCCAUCUUCAACCUGGAGGAGGAGCACAAGCUUUACCUGGAGAAAGGCAAGGAGGAGUACACAAGGUACCAGCAGGCCAACCAAGACAAGCCCCUGCCACCUGGCACGGCCUUCGCCUUUAUCCAGGCAGUGCAGCAUGUGAAUGAGAAGAUCCUGGAGAGCAACCCAGCAGAGAAGGACCUCUUUGACAUCCUGGUGCUCUCCAACAACAGCCCAGAGAGCAGUGUGCGCAUCAUCAACAGCGCCAAGCACUAUGGCCUGGAGAUCUCCAAGUUCUGCUUUGUCAGUGACGAGGACUCUACACAGUACCUGAAGUCCCACGGGGUCAAGCUCUUCCUCUCGGCUGACAGGAUAGAUGUCUGCAAUGCCCUCCGGAGAGGGGUCUCGGCAGCACUUGUCUUCCAGCAGGAGGUGCAGGCCCCCAGCACCCCACUCCGCGUGGUGUUUGAUGGGGAUGCCGUGCUCUUCUCCAACGAGACGGACCGGGUCUUCCAGGAGCAGGGCCUGGAGGGGGCUGUGCAGUAUGAGCAGGCAAUGGAGGCCGUACCCAUGGGAGAGGGUCCCCUGAAGGCUUUUGCUGUGCACCUUGGGAAGAUCCGCAAGAAGUUCAGCCAGGAAAAAUCCCCCAUCCGCACCUACCUGGUGACUGCCCGCAGUGGCCAGGACAUGGGCAUCCGGGCCAUCAAGACGCUCCGUGAGUGGGGUCUGGCCAUUGACGAGGCUUUCUUCAUGGGCGGGGCUCCCAAGGGCCCCAUCCUCGCCCAGAUCCAACCCCACAUUUUCUUUGACGAUGGCCUUCAUAACAUCCAGGGGGCUCAAGAUGUGGGCGUACCCUCUGCCUGGGUCCCUUCCUGCUGCUGAUGGGCUGCAGGCCAGCAGUCCUCCCUCCCCACAGCACAGGGAACUGGGCCAGUUGAUGGCAAACCUUCUGGUGGAAAGGGAAGGAUUUCCUAACCUGCAACAAGCAAACCUCAGGGAAAGCAGGCAAAAGAAUUGCAUGAGAGCACGGACUAUAAAGCAAGACUUGAUGUUCACUUCUGCUCCUGAUAUGAUGUCCUUUAGGUCUUAGGAUAGAGCCAGAAGAUGCAACUGCUCCAGGAAAGAAGGACACCCUUGCUGUGAUGCUGAAGACUAUCACCUACCUGCCCUGUAGGAGCCAGAGACUUUUUUCUUCUACAAAGAAAUAAAUGAAGCUAUUAUCCCACACACGAGCUAAAUGAAGGAUGAAACCAAGCACUAAAGAUGCUAACUUUGGCUAUGUUCAGACAGCCUCCAGAUUUACACCCAGGACCUCUGCCUAAAGGGAGCCCUCAAGACCCUGCCUCACCAGACACACUAAGAUUCAUUUCCUGGGGAGGCUGAUGUGUUAGCAAGUCCUUCAGGCAGCUCCAGCCAAACUCAGCAGAGGGAGAAAGACUUCAAAGCUAUAAAGGACCUACAAAGUUUUUAGAAAUGGGUGACCAGGUUGACAAAAGAAAGCCCAAGUUGUGGUCCUAUAUAGAAGAGAGGUGACCACAAGUCACCUUUCCUUAAGCAUGCAGACUGCUUACAGAGUGCCAGGUCACCCAGGCAAGGGACAAGAUUACAAGCCAGGUCCGAGGUCUAUCCAGGAGGCAGAGCUGCCAUGUAGCUCUGGUGUCACUCCAGGAGAGGGCGCUGGAGAUAGGCUGGCUACAGCACAAGCCAUGCAGGGGCCAGGGCUGCAUACAAUUGACCAGGAUGGGACAGGGUGCCCAGGCCUGAGCUUAAAUGGGUCUCUAGGGCCAUGGGCAGAGGGCAUGAGUGGGGGGGCCCAGGUGCAGCUGCUUGGCACAGACAGGGUUUCUGGGUGUGCUCAGGACCCUGCUUGGCACCAAGCCACACCCUGUGCAGGGAUACCUCUCCUUCAGCAAUUUGGACUCUGCUCCUCAUUUUCCUGGGGAGCAACAGCCCCUCAAGAUUCAUUUGCAGGUUUCUUUCCCCAGGACUGGAUGUGAGCGGUUGUCACUAGAAGCUGCUGUACUGCACCCCAAAUUCCUGGGAGCUCCCCAGACCACCAUGUAAGAAAAUACAAACUGGCUGCUCAGGGCAGUGCCUGCUGGGUGGCAGCGAUAUUAUGAACAGAGGAGGUGGCUUAGGUUUUUUUAUCCCAGCAUAAUCAGAAAGUAAUUUUUUUUUUAAUGAUUUACAAGCGUCACUCUCACCAAUGCUUUCUUCCCCGCACUAAAUAAAUAACAAGCAACCCCCUGUGA